ACACGCACACACACACACACACACACACACACACACACACACACACACACACAGACACCAAAGUCUAACCAAAGUCUCUAUAGGUUUUUUGUAAGUGGAGGACAGUGAAAACUUCGCAAUGCGCUCUGGACAAAAUUUCUGCCUGUUUUGUCUUUUCAUCACCUGUUUAUUCCUCGGGUUCCUUUACUUCAGCUUCACGUCCCCCUGGUUCAGCCAUGUGUUGAAGUGCAAACCAACUGUGGAAGAAAAAAAGAAUGAUUAUACAGAACUAAUCAUUCCUGCAGGGAUUUCAUAUCCUCAGCCCAGUUUGAGUAACAGUCGGCCAGAUAUUGCCACAACAACCCGAUGGCUGGCACCAAUUGUGUGGGAGGAUUCGUUUGACUUGGCAGUGAUUGACAACAUCUACAAACCCAAAAACAUCACCGUGGCGACCACCGUCUUCGCUGUAGGAAAGUAUGUGCGUUUCCUGAAGGAAUUGAUAGAAUCUGCAGAGCAGCACUUCAUGGUGGGUUACCGAGUGCAUUACUACAUAUUUACAGAUCUUCCAGAUCAGGUUCCUGAUGUAAAGCUGGGAGAGGGGCGUCAUUUGACCAAGAUUAAAACAGCAAGCUCAAGCCGUUGGCAGGAAAUCUCACUACGCCGGAUGGAGAUGGUUGAGAAACUAAUUGAAGAGGAACUCCUGAACAAGGCAGACUACAUAUUCAGCCUCGACGUCGACUCCAAAUUCUAUGCCCACUGGGGGGCGGAGUCUCUGGGCGACCUUGUCGGCGUGCUGCAUGCCUGGUUGUUCUCGAUGUCUCGUCACCAGUUCACGUACGAACGACGUCCCGAGUCGCAGGCCUACAUACCCAUAGAUGCAGGGGACUAUUACUACGGAGGGGCCGUGAUCGGGGGGCGCCUCGACAAAGUGCUCAAGCUUGUGAAGACGUGCCGCAUGCAGUUGGAUAGAGACCGAGCCAAUAAAAUAGAGGCGGUAUGGCAGGAGGAGUCUCAUUUAAACAAGUACUUCCUGUAUAACAAACCCACCAAAUUGCUUUCACCUGAAUACCUGUGGGAUGACAGAAAAGAGAAACCCAACUUCAUGAAAGUGGUGCGUUUUUCACAAGUGGUCAAGAACUAUGCUGAGAUUCGACCAAACCCUUAAUGCACAAUUUACCUUAUUCCCUUGUAUAGUUUUUUAAAAUUUGCUUACCCAAACUGAUUAGACUCUAUGAUCAUGAGAUUUAAAUCAUGUUUAUAAGGGUAUAAAUAAAACUUUGUUAAUGAAACACAAUAAAUACAAUUAUUAAAGGAAAUAUAAU